AUGUCGGUUCUAGACCUGCCUCCAGACGUCCUAUCCGUCAUCCUCUCGUUUCUCCAGCCCGGCGAUUAUCUUUCGUUCUGUCAAACAUCCAAAUCAGUCUAUUCAGAAUGGCGACAGGAUCCUUUCUACUGGCGUACGGAGACACAUAACACCUUUCGCUUACCUAUCAGCCCUCUGCUUGCCGCCGAUGGACCACGGUGGUACUGGCUGUACAAACGGCUGAAGACCCAAACCCAACUCUACACAUGGGGUCAGGGACUGGCGGGAAACCUGGGCCCAAUGCGUGGCCGUUCUGUUCCUCGUCGACCACAGCUGCCAGCUCCAAGAGUACUGCCCCGUGUCCCUGCUCGUCCUGCUUUUCCCAGGAUUCCCCAACGGCCUUUAUAUCCGAGAAUCGCGUCGAGUUGGCCUACCGAGACUGAUGUGCCCGCCGAGGUCGGUCCGAUUGCAGAUCUCCAAUGCGGAGGCUGGUCAACCACAAUUCUCACUUCUGAUGGGAGGUUGUAUAGUGUUGGCUCCAUCAAUGCGCACGGUCAGACUGCCGGGCACCUUUCACAGCUUGAGUAUCUCACUCAAAGCACAUCGGCCGUCCGUCACUUCUCAUCUGGGAGGGCCCAUGUCCUGGCUCUCACUGACCAUGGUGACAUGUUGUCCUGGGACAGAAUCAACGCCAAGGGAGUGAAAGUCCUCUCCAGAAACGGUGUUUUUGAGGGGAGGCCAGUCAGGGUUGCUGCUGGCUGGGGUGAGAGUUCCGCCUACAUACCCGAGACAGGAAUUAUUUACUGGACGCCCAUCCAAAACAAUGGAAACGAUGACAUGCUAGAUGCAAUGCAUGUUAAAGAGAAGGUCAUCCCGGGAACUGCUCGACACCAAACCGAAACUGGUCAAAUCGAGGUUACAAAGCACAUUGUUCUGGAGGACUUCAUUGUUUGGAUUACCUCCGAAUCGAAACUUUAUGCGUGCUGUCUCACUACCCAUAGUUCCGACCAAUUCGGCCCUGACAAGCCUCCUUUUCUGGUACCAGGGUUCAGUGCCCAGGAACUUGAGUUCAAGGAUAUCCAAGGCCAGUUUCGAAGAUUCGGCGUGUUCACUGCGACAGGCGAAGUCCUUGCCGGCGACGUUGACUAUUUGAGACGAUGCUUGGAGGCCAUCGAGGGCCAACCUGGUCUUCUCGAUUCGGGCGACUGGUCCACCAUGACGAGCUUGUUGGCUUCUCGCCCUCAAGAUGUUCCAGCUUUGCAGCAUAGCAGUGUUAUCGCUCUGGCAUUCGGCGAUUAUCACUACCAUGCCCUUCACUCGGACGGAGCAAUCACAUCUUAUGGGGUAGAUUCUCAAAGCUGCGGCUCAUUGGGCCUCUCGGGGCCGGAAACAGGUGGUAGAUUUCGUGGCCUCCGCCGAAUCCGACCCGGCCUCCGGAGCGACGCCAGCUUACUACCUGUCGCCAACCUACGUGGGCGUCGGGUCUGGUUUGAGCCUGAGAAGAAGGACUGGUUACAGUGGAUGGAAGACCAGCUCCAUCAGACACAUCUCAACGUUGAUGGUCGACCAGCCCAUCAUAUCUGGGAUGAUGACGAGACCAAGCAAGCGGCGUUCAGCGAAUGGGUUGAACAAGAGGGCCGCCAUUGGGAUGAAGGACCUUUGACGAUCUCAGGCACAACAGCUGCUCCCAUAGUCAAGCCGGCACAAAGUGCAGACGACUAUGCGAAUCUCGGCGCCUACUUCCCCAUUGCCAUCGCUGCUGCGGGCUGGCACAGUGGUGCUCUGGUGCUUGUCGACGAAGACAAAGAACAUGAAGUCCGGCAAAAGUGGGUCGUUGAGAGGCAAAAGGGCGAGGAAACAACACACCCCAUGCCCGGCGCGUUUGAAAGCUUGAGCAUGGAAGAAGUGUACGUAUGGAAGAAAGAUGGAUUCCCGAAAGUCCAAUUGCCCAAUGGGUACGAAAUGCCUGGAGAAGGCGAGCCUAGGCCUUGGAGGGAUGGAGUGCCGACGAUGCAGGAACUAGGACUUGGAGGAUAG